AUUUCAUUUCCUUAUAGUUUUUCCAUGCAUUUAAGUGAGGGGUAUUAUAGGAAGUCCAUUCUGGCUCUUGAAAACAGACAGUUGUGGGACAUGUAUAAGCCUUUGACCAAAUCCUGUGAAACUACAUUUCUUACUUUCAGAGAUUGUGAUCCAGGGGAAGUUAAUAAGGAUGGGUGUUCUCAUGCCAUGAUGGCAGGCUGCCAGAGGGCAUUUGAAGGUGAAUAGGUCAGUUUGGUCAGUGUUCCAGAAGUUCCUGUAAUCACUGGAGCCUUCUGCUGUGAUGUAGGUUUGGGUAACAAACUUUAUAAGUGUAUGCCAACAAAAGAGAACCUACAUUCUUUCACAAAAGAUGCUCUUUCUUUAAUUUAUAAAAAUCUUCCACUUGAAACUCUGGAAGUUGAUGUAAAAAUGGCAUUAGGAGUAUUUCAACACAACAAUAAAAUACAUUUCAUGAAAGAGAAGGCAUCUCAAGACCAUGAAAGAAUAUUCAAAUUACACAGAUGUGGUGACUUCAGUGAUGUGAGUGAGGGCCCUUUUUUUAUACCAAGAACAAGUAUUUGUCUCCAGUAUGAAGUGUCAGCCAUUCACAAUGCUCAAGACAGUCAGCUAAGUCUUAUCCAAAGAUUUCUGGGGUUUUCUUUACCUGUUCACUUUAGAUCACAUGUUACAAUAUCUAAGCUAUGGGAAAGAUCUCAGAAAAUGGUAACUGAAGAUCACACUAAAACUACAGAAGAAAGUGCAUCUACUUAAUAACUUUCUAA